UAAAGCAGUAACAGGAAGCAGACGGUUUUAAGGAGUGAGGGCCACGUUCAGGUUGACCUUGGGCAUGGCUUCAGAGUAGGCCCACCAGGUUGAGCCCCAGCGUCCAGGCCACCACGGGCCGGCCCCACAUUCGUUGGCUGGGAGACUGCACGCAGCGCAGUGCAGGUCCCGGGAACGCUUCGGGUGGCGGCCGGCUGCCCGGGCAGCGGCGGGGGGUGGGACCGUGGCGCGGAGAGGCGGGUGGCGGCCCUCUCCGGGCGCCCCCGGGGACCUGAGGCGCGACAAACAGCGCACUGGGAUCGCGCCAGAGCAGCUUCCAGCCUCCAGCCGGCAGCGACUGGUUCCCGGAGAAGGAAGUAAGGCCGCGCGGCCGCUUAGGCUAAGUCGGAACCAACCGGCUGCUCGGCGCUGCCUCCAGAGCCCGCGGCGCACAGACUGUUUUGCCAGCCAUGGCAUCUGGAGAUGACAGUCCUAUCUUUGAAGAUGACGAAAGCCCUCUUUAUAGCCUGGAAAAAAUGACAGAUCUCGUAGCUGUUUGGGAGGUUGCUUUAAGUGAUGGAAUCCACAAGAUUGAAUUUGAACAUGGAACUACAUCUGGCAAACGAGUGGUGUAUGUAGAUGGGAAGGAAGAGAUAAGAAAAGAAUGGAUGUUCAAAUUAGUGGGCAAAGAAACCUUUUGUGUUGGAGCUGCAAAGACAAAAGCAACCAUAAAUAUAGAUGCGAUCAGUGGUUUUGCUUAUGAAUAUACUCUAGAAAUUAAUGGGAAAAGUCUCAAGAAGUACAUGGAGAACAGAUCAAAAACUACCAAUACAUGGGUAUUGCACUUGGAUGGUGAGGACUUGAGAGUUGUUUUAGAAAAAGACACUAUGGACGUGUGGUGCAACGGUAAAAAGAUGGAGACAGCGGGUGAGUUUGUAGAGGACGGAACUGAAACGCACUUCAGCGUCGGGAGCCACAGCUGUUACAUAAAGGCCGUCAGUAGUGGGAAGCGGAAAGAAGGGAUUAUUCACACACUUAUUGUGGAUAACAAAGAAAUCCCAGAGAUUCUCGAAUGACUUCAUAUUAAUGAACAUUUAUGUCCAGAAAUAAAGAUCAGGACUUUUUAAUUACUGUGGUAAUUAAAUGUGUUCAAUAUGUACUUAUCAGUACAUUUAGUCUGCAAUGUUUGUAUUUUUUAGUUACUUGAAACUGUAAUAUUCCAAGGGUCAGGAAAAAAGCUAAUUAUGUGCAGUCAUAAAAAUUAUAAUUUUUUUGUAAAUAAUGUAAAAUGUUUUAAAACGAAAUAAAAGAUAUGGACCAAAAUCACCAAUGUUUUAAAAGUCACUUUAUUAUAAUAAACA